AUGGAUGUACCGCUGGCCGAGGACCGCGAGUUCGCAAUGUUGGAUGAACACCAAAUCGACACCCUCAAUGCAGUCGAGCGCAUGGGCGCAACACUGUCCCUGUUUGGGAUCAUGCUUAUAUUCAUAACCUUUGCUCUCUUCAGACGAUUACGGACAAUCCCAAAUACUUUCAUCUUUUUCGCCUCAGUUGCCAACAUCGGAGCUUGCGUCGCCUGCUUGAUCGCAUACGAUGGCAUCCAGGCUAUGAGCAGAGACCGCAAAUCUGCCCUUUGCCAGGCGCAGGGCUUCCUUUUCGAAUGGUUUAUGCAGUCCGAUCCAUGGUGGUCUUUCGCCAUGGCCAUAAAUGUUUACAUGGUCUUUUUUAUGUCUUUCAAUCCGACAACAUUUCGUCAAUACCUGUGGCUCUACUGUUUGAUAUGCUUCGGUCUUCCAGCCAUCCCCUCGUUUGUUUUUCUUUUCCUACGGGAGGAUAGGGGUCUGGUGUACGGGGACGCAGCGCUAUGGUGUUGGAUCAGCUCUGACUGGAACGCACUUCGCAUCUACUCUUACUACCUACCAAUAUGGAUUUGUACGGUGCUAUCUGCUGUCAUAUAUUUCGCUGUCGGCUACCAUGUUUUCCACCAGAGAAAUCAGUUGCGCAACCUUUCAUUGAGCAAUCAAGCAAAAGACGUGGAAAUUGAUGUUGAGGUUACCUGUGAUUCCUCCGAUGUGAGAGAUUCAGCGGAAAAGAAUCUCACAUCUCACGCCGGUCCGGGCUUCUACGGAACAGUCACGACCGAAGUCCAAGUCACCAGUGCUACCAUCCCGACGAGCACAAACCCUGCCUAUACCAGUCCGUUCCUUGAGCCGUCAGAGACAACGCAUCACAACGGCCCGGCGAAACGGCGCAUCGACACAACACACCUACGAGUCAACACGUCACUGGGACAAGAAAGUUCUCCGAGGCUUGGCACCCCUGCCCCCAAUGCCCCCGGCGGAUUCCUGCCAAUACACACUCACAAUUAUCCCUGGUCACGAGAGCCAAGCUCGGUUUCUGCUGGCACAGUCGACAUCCUUUCGCCCUCGGUGACGCUAGUCAAUAGCAAUGACAGCAGCUCGUACGGGUUUCCCAAGGCGUCGGCCUGCGGCCAGGAGCACAACUUUGAGAACAUCAGCUUCAACGGCACACAAUUUACUUCGACGAUAUCUGCCGGCACGGCAUCAAAGGAUGACUAUGACCGUGACCCAUCACCGAGUCGCGCCCUACCGCCGCUUUCAGCCAAUGUCAGUCCUUGCAGCGGGGCCAGGAGGCUGCAGCAGCCGACGGCACCCGUCAUAAAAAUGAGGAGACGGCUCAACAUCUUCCAACGCAUAGCACGCGGCACACGACGCUUCGGCGCCAAGCUGAGGAACAUGGACCCAGUGAAGCUGGCAUACCUGCGCACCUCGUUCGUGUUCGCCAUCUCGGUGCUGGUGACAUGGACGCCGUCGUCCAUCAACAGAGUGUACACGCUGGUAUACCCGAACCAGGCCUCCUACGGACUCAACAUCGCAGCGGCAGUCGUGCUCCCGUUACAGGGCGUCUGGAACGCCGUCAUCUACUUCACUACAUCAUGGAAGAUCUUCCGCGAGGAGAUGGAGACAACGCGGGCUGGGCUGCGCGUGCUCGAGUUCCUGCGCCUGGACAGCGGCGCGGAGGGGACCCGGCAGAGUACCGGCGGCAGCUUCGCCAUCGGGUCCAGCGUCAUGACGCCGCGCAGUGAAAUGGGCAGGAACCGCCGACUGGACGGCGAGAGUGGCGAUGGGAACGAUAUGGAGCUCGUUGCCACGACGAGCCCGCAGAGGCCGAGGCCGGCGCAGAGAACGAGCACAAUGAGGGUGACGAGGAAAGGCCUAGAUGAUUUUUCCUGA